AUGGAUACAUCAGUGUCUUUACAACUGACUGACUACAUUGUGUUAGCCGUGGUACUUCUGGUCUCAUUGGGUAUUGGAGUCCUUGAAUAUUUGCUUGGUGGACGGCGCAUGUUUAUGAUACCUGUUGCAUUGUCCAUAUUUGCCACUUUCACGUCAGGUAUUUCGCUUCUUGGUAUACCCAUGGAUUUUUACUUGUAUGGUGAAAUGAGUAGUCUCGUCAGCAUUGGAAUGGCCAUGGGCUGCAUAUAUGCCCUGCUGCUUCUUGUUCCCCUUAUGUACCCACUUCGUCUCUUGAGCUUGUACGAAUACCUGGAGCUGAGGUUCCAGUCCCGAUCACUGCGGCUGCUUGCUCUCCUGAUUGGAAUGCUUCAAACGUUGGGUUACAUGGCAAUAGCUCUUCUCUCGCCCGCACUGGCACUACAGGUUGGGUUACCAAUGUGGUUGUCUGUUGGAGUCAUUGGACUUAUUGGUACACUGUACACAGCUAUCGGAGGUAUCAAGAGUGUGGUGUGGACUGAUGCAUUCCAAAGUUUCGUUACUCUUGGUGGAAUGUUGACAAUUAUCAUACGAGAUUCCUUCAGUCAUUUAUUUAUUAUUAGCUUUUUGUUUCACUGCCGGUAA